UCCAACCAUUAUCUCCACUCCUCCACCACUCUGUCAGUCUGAAUCCCUCCACUUUGCCUCCUUCUCACAUUCUUCUCACAUUGAAGUGGUAAAAGAAAAAGAAAAAUGAUCUGCAUGCAGCGCGAGAGCAGAAGUUUGCACUGUAAAUGAAUCGGGGCCGAAGUAAAGGGAAGCGAAACAGGAGAGGAAGCACAUUUUGGGGAAAAGUUUCAAGAGAAGACUGCAGUUGAAAAUGAAUCUGGAGGAGGCGUGGUGAGCAUUUCCUCUCCAAGUGAAAGCCAGCAGGUCACGGUGGAAGCAGAGGUCUGGAAAAAUAGUCUCAACCCCAAACCAUCGCAGAUGGAGGUGGAUGCAGACGAUAAGUGCCAUCGCACACGCUCCAAAGUGCCUGUGGAUCCUGCAUUAACGGAGCUUUUCAGUGUAUAUGGAUGCCCUGUGGCCAAGAAGAGAAAGAGUCUAGACAGGCAAACCCUGGAGACCUCCCCCAAGAGGAGCACCUACCUCAAUGACAUGGACAACUCUACAAUGGAGGAGUGCUACGAAACGGACGGAACAGAGGAGAUGGACGACAGGGAGGAGGAGGGAGGGGAUGGAGCGCUAGAGGAAGAGGAGGAGGAGGAUGAGGUGGAGGAGGUAGAAAGCUAUAUGGAUUACAACGAGGAGCAAAUGGAGCAUGAGGAAGGAGAGCUGGAGAAAGAGGAGGAAGAGGAGGAGGUAGAGGUGGAGGAAGAGGAGAGGGUAGAGGAUGAAGAAGAGGAGGAGGCUGUGGCGGAGGUGGACUACGAAGAGGAAGAGGAAGGCGAGCAUGGGCCAGAUGAGGACCUGAUGAGCGGUGGUGAAGGCAUGGAGUGCAACGCUGGAAAUGGCGUCGCCAAAUCGGGUCCCACCGGAGAGAAGGACGACAACAACAAUGACGAGUACGAGAACUACGACGAGCUUGUGGCCAAGUCUCUUCUCAACCUGGGCAAGAUUGCAGAAGACGCCGCCAACCGGGCAAUUACAGAGUCAGAGAUGAACAGCAACUCUUCUCACAGUGCUGAAGAGGAAGAAGAAGAGGAGGAUGAAGAUGAGGAAGAAGAGGAGGACGAUGAGGAUGAAGAGGAAGAAGAAGAAGACGAGGAGGAAGAUGAAGAAGAGGAGGAAGAGGGAAGCAAAACGCUACCGGGUGAUCUAAGUUUGGACGUUCAUAGCGAUGUGGUUAGGGAGACAGUAGAUUCACUCAAACUCUUGGCUCAAGGGCACGGUGCUGUGUUGUCGGACAAUUUAGACGGACAGGACUAUGAGGGUGGCAUGGCGGAUAACAGAGACAGGAAUGACUGUUCCCACAUGGGUGGUAACGGACAGGGAAAGACCACCAGUCACGGACAAUUAGAAAACAGUGACGAGGAAGUUUGUCUAAGCAGUUUGGAGUGCUUACGGAAUCAAUGCUUCGACCUUGCACGGAAACUUAGUGAAACAAAGCCCGCAGACCGCAAUGGAUUGUUCCAGCAGAAUCAUUACCAAUGCGGGGACCCUAACCAACAACCCCAACAUCACGGCUAUGGAGAGUUCCAGCUUGGCCAUGACGACGGGCGAGCAUUUGACAGGAACUAUUCGGACAUGGACAAUCUCUUGAAGCUAGAGGAGCAGCUGAGCCCGCGAUCCAAGGCUUUCUCCAGUUGCGCGCAGGGAGAUCGGUUUCACCACCGGGAUUUCGACGAGGACACAGCCUCUGUGACGUCGGACAGGUCUGAGGAAGUGUUUGACAUGACAAAGGGUAACCUGUCCUUGUUGGAAAAGGCCAUCGCGCUAGAGUCCCAGCGUGCAAAGGCACUGCGGGAUAAAAUGGAGGCAGAGGCAGCCAGGAGAGACGGGGUGAGGUAUAACCAUGACAACCACGGCCCACGGCACGCCUACGGUGUUGAACGUAAAGGACGACUCCCUGAUGGAAUGAAGAAGCUUUUCUAUCAUAAAGAUGCUUCCCGAGCAGACAAGAAGGAGAGUCGCUGUCCGACACCGGGCUGCGACGGCACGGGUCACGUGACAGGCUUGUACCCUCACCAUCGGAGCCUGUCGGGCUGUCCGCACAAGGACAGAGUGCCACCUGAAAUUGUGGCUAUGUAUGAGAACGUUCUUAAGUGUCCCACGCCUGGCUGCACCGGACGCGGCCAUGUCAAUAGCAACAGAAACUCCCACAGAAGUCUGUCAGGAUGUCCCAUUGCCGCAGCAGAGAAGCUGGCCAAAGCCCAGGAGAAACACCAAGGCUGUGACGGCUCUAAACCCAACCAGGCUUCUGACCGGGUCUUGAGCACGCCUCGAUCCAACCUGGCCAAGGAGCUGGAGAAGUACUCCAAGACCAGCUUCGACUACAGCGCCUUCGAGAACACCAACAACCACCAUGUGUACGGAAAACGGGCUAUCGCACCCAAAGUUCACGGGCAAAGGGAUUCCUCCCCUAAAGGAUUUGACGCCAAGCGUUACUGCAAGAACUCCAGCUCGGCCAGCAGCACCACCAGCACCUACGCUCCCAGCAGUAGCAGCAGCAGCCUGAGUUGUGGAGUUGGGGGAGGGGGUAUGGGAGGAGGUGGAGGCAGCAGUGCCAGUAGCACCUGCAGCAAGAGCAGCUUUGACUACAGUCACGACAUGGAAGCCGCACACAUGGCCGCCACAGCCAUCCUCAACUUGUCCACGCGCUGUCGAGAGAUGCCCCACGGAAUGGGAGGCAAGCCCCAGGAUCUGUGCUCGCAGAGUCCCGGCCUGGAUGUUGACGAGAACGGUACAUUGGACCUGAGUAUGAGCAAGCGUCUGUGCAGCGGCGCGGGGGACUCUGUGCUCACCCCUCUGGAGCCCAUGUCCCCCCAGAGGCAAGCGGCUCUGCUGGGCUCCCGCUGCUACAGCAUGGGGGACGCUGCCGACUGCUGGGACCUGCCAGUUGACUACACCAAGAUCAAACACAUAGAUGAUGACGACAAAGAGGAUGACCUGGACCCCUUCCAAGACCUGCUAGAAGACCGCUCCUAUACCACAGAUGUUAACAUACCCAGUCCCAAGCCUAAAUUUGCUCAGUGCAAAGAGACUAAGAAGGACCUGAUCACCCUCUCAGGUUGUCCAUUAGCUGAUAAAAGUAUUCGGAGUAUGCUGGCCAACAACGCGCAAGAGCUCAAGUGCCCGACACCAGGGUGCGAUGGUUCGGGACAUAUCACUGGCAACUACGCCUCUCACAGAAGUCUCUCAGGUUGUCCGCGUGCCAGGAAAAGUGGAAUAAAGAUCAUCCACAGUAAAGAGAACAAGGAGGACCAAGAGCCAAUCAGGUGUCCUGUUCCUGGUUGUGAUGGCCAAGGUCACGUGACAGGGAAGUACGCGUCACACAGAAGUGCAUCGGGAUGCCCAAUAGCAGCAAAGAGACAAAAAGAUGGCUACCUAAACGGCAUCCAGUUCACAUGGAAGUCCGGCAAGACGGAGGGGAUGUCAUGUCCCACGCCGGGCUGCGACGGCUCGGGUCACGUCAGCGGCAGCUUUCUGACACACCGGAGUCUGUCAGGCUGUCCGCGUGCCACUUCCGCCAUGAGGAAAGCGAGGCUCUCUGGAGUGGACAUGCUCACAAUAAAGCAGCAGCGCGGCAGCAACGGCUUGGAUCAUGAGGAGGAGCUCAAACAGCUGGAUGAAGAAAUCAAAGAUUUAAGUGAAUCCAAUUCACAAGUGGAAGCGGACAUGAUCAAACUCAGAACGCAGAUCACAACCAUGGAGUCCAACUUGAAGUCCAUGGAGGAGGAAAACAAGGUGAUUGAACAGCAAAAUGACUCUCUCCUGCAUGAGCUGGCCAACCUCAGCCAGUCACUGGUUAACAGUUUAGCUAAUGCCCAGCUCCCCCAUAUGAAACCACUGGCACACAAAGAGCCUCUUCUUAGGACUAACAGCUGCCUACAGCUCCACCAGCAAGAGCCAAUCGAACAGAACUUUGAUGCCUAUGUGACCUCUCUAACGGACAUGUACAAUGUCCAGGACCAAUACCACAGUCCAGAAAACAAAGCCUUGUUGGACAACAUCAAGCAGGCGGUCCAAGGGAUCCAAGUGUAACUAUUUUGGACAAAGGAGCUUCCUGUUUAUCCAUGCAAAGUGUGGGCGGCGUCUCAGAGUCCACAAGUGAAGGUUUCAUCUCCUUGAUGCAGAGCAGUUACAUAUAAUGUACAGUGUUAUAUAUUCGGAAUUCUUUAAGAAACCCAGAGGUAUUAUGCUUAGAGAGAGACAUUGAGACAACGCCUUUUCUUUUUGGGGUCUUGCUUCAAGGAAGGACAUACAAGUGUAAAGCAGCAAAAUAGUUUUUGAGGACAUUUUGUACGUUUUCAUAUGAGCUGACAUUGCGCCAUGUAAUGUUUCUAGCUGCUCACAUAUGCACAUUUUAGUGUAUAUUACUGAACAGUAAGCUGAUUCUAACUGAACAUGUGUUCUUUUUAUUGCUCGACCACAAAGCAUUUUAGAUGACAAAAACAAAAAGCUGAGCUCGACACGGACACAAAAACAUGACAAGAGGAACUAUAACAAUGUUUCACCUCAACGGGUGGUUUUAAAUUUUCUUUGUUUUCUUCUAUGUAUUGCUUGUAGAGUUCAAGGGCAAGAACUGGCUUGCAAAUUACUUUAUUUUUUGACAAUGCUUGAAAAAUGUUUGUGUUUUCUUUUUAAUCUACAAAAAGAUGUGUAGCUGAAAUGGGGGAAUUUUUCAUUGGUGCUGAAGAUGAGUUUGGAGAGGAAACUGACCGGACGUAUGGAUGAAUGUAUGUAUGAGCAGUUAUAUUGUAAACAUCAUUACACGGAAACCCGAUGGUGGAAAUCCCGUUGUUUAGGAGAGCAAAUUAAUUCCCAUGGGAACAAAUCAGUGCGGCGCAUGUAAGGUGGCAUGCACCUCAUCAAAAAAUAUCAAACUCAUUCUCAGGCUAUUGAAUGCACAACUGGACUGUUCAGGUUGUCUUGAAAUAGGUUUGGCCUGUCAUCAGAGCAGGAUUCAUCAGGUCAUGUUUAAAGACUAGAUAGGACAGCUAUAGUUGCUGUCCUCUCUUAUCAAUUUCCCCUCUCAUCCAAGCAGACUUCACCAGUUCAUGCCCAAAGACUAGACAGGACAGCUUAGACUACAAUCAAGCAAGUUUUAAUCAAUUCAUAAUUCAUGCUCAAAGACUAGACAGGACAGCUCAUACUAUAUCUUAUUAUGCUUAAAGACUAGAGGACAGCUCCGAAUACAAUUAUUUUGACUAACUGACGAAGCCUGGGAGGGAAAAAGAAUAAGAGGGGUGACUAGAUAUGGUCGCUCUACUCUUCUCCAGGCUAGAAAGACAACUCAGACUAAAGCUGAGCACGUUUUCGGGGUCCAUGCUCAAAGAUUAACUUGGACAGCUCAGACUAAAGCCUAGCAGGUAUAAUCAAUUCAUGCUCAAAGACUAGAUGGGUCCUGAACUACAGCUUUCCUAUCUAGUUUCCUCUCUUAACCAGUGGCCUUGUGGUUAGAGUGUCUGCCCUGAGAUCGGAAGGUUGUGCGUUCAAACCCCGGCCGAGUCAUACCAAAGACUGUAAAAAUGGGACCCAUUACCUCCCUGAUUGGCACUCAGCAUCAAGGGUUGGAAUUGGGGGUUAAAUCACCCAAAUGAUUCCCGGGCGCGGCCACCGCUGCUGCUCACUGCUCCCCUCAUCCAUCCCCGGAUGGGUCAAAUGCAGAGGUUAACUUCACCACACCUAGUGUGCGUGUGACUAUCAGUGGUACUUUAACUUUAUCCAAGCAGGCUGAUUCUGUUCAUGCCAAAAGGCUAGACUGGACAGCUCAGACUACAGCCAAGCAGAUUCAAUCAAUUCAUGCUAAAAGACUAGAUAGGACAGCUCAUACUAGAGCUAUCCUAUCUAGUUUCCCCUCUCGUCCUGGCAGGCUU